AUGAUUCCUAAAUACUUCUUCAUCGUUUUUCUCGUCUUCUUUUGUGUUUUUCAACAAACUGUUGCUGGACCAAUCGCAUACGCCGUAUGCCAAACAGCUUGUAAUUUGAAAUGGGCGAGCUGUUACUUAUCAGCUGGUUUGGUUGCAGGAACGGUCACUGGAGGUUUAUGUGCUCCCUUUGCUGCGCUCGCUUGUAAUGCUGCACAAGGGGUCUGUAUGGCUGCGUGUGCCGGUUUGCUCGUUGCACCAACGCCUUGA